GGGGGGGGAUCGCUCUGCCAAUCCGUGACCUCCGCUCUCUCCCUUGUCCGCUAGGACACGCCCACUCAGUCAGGUGAUCUCCGGCGCUGCCUCGGUCUGUUGUGCAGUGUGAUUGCUGUCCGCGUGCCGCUGGUACCUGUGCGCUCUGUGUACGCUGUAACCAUGGAUACCGCUCGCCAGUACCAGUUCGUGGUGUUCGGGGCCUCAGGCUUCACCGGACAGUUCGUGGUAGAGGAGCUGGCUCGGGUGCUGGACGGGGCGGAAUUCAGAGAGUCCAGGCUCCGCUGGGCGGUUGCAGGGAGAAACCAGAAGCGGCUGGAGGAUGUCCUGUCCUGGGCUGCCGAGCGGCUGUGUGAGUAGUGAUGGGUUAACCCGCAUGGAGCGCCCUGCGGUGCGAUCUAACACGGCUUCAGCUAUCGGCAGCAUCUGCAGUGGAGGGUAAAGGGCAGUCCGAGCUGUGCUGGACAAGUGCUGCCCUGCAGUAUGUAGCAUUAAUGUGCUGCCCUGCAGUAUGUAGCAUUAAUGUGCUGCCCUGCAGUAUGUGGCAUUAAUGUGCUGCCCUGCGGUAUGUGGCAUUAAUGUGCUGCCCUGCGGUAUGUGGCAUGUGGCAUUACGUGCUGCCCUGCGGUAUGUGGCAUUAACGUGCUGCCCUGCGGUAUGUGGCAUUAACGUGCUGCCCUGCGGUAUGUGGCAUUAACGUGCUGCCCUGCGGUAUGUAGCAUUAACGUGCUGCCCUGCGGUAUGUAGCAUUAACGUGCUGCCCUGCGGUAUGUAGCAUUAACGUGCUGCCCUGCGGUAUGUAGCAUUAAUGUGCUGCAGGAUGGGAAAACAAGACCUGAAUCCUCAGUGCAGCUUGCAGGAUGUGAUUGGAAAUGAGCCAGUCAUCAUUUUAUAAUGUGCUGCUGAUCAACAUGAAGACAUUAUUCUUGUCCAGAUAUACACAAUCAAUCAAGCAACAGGAAAUGAGCAAUAAAAAGUAAUUUGUUGGUUUUCAGACCAUUUACUCAGGGCGCCCACACACACACACACACAAUAGUACUGAAGGUGUUGGUGUUCCCUGAGGACUGGUAACAUGAGGCAGAUAGAGGAGUAGAGAGCGGUGAUGCCUUUAUUAGUGAGCCAGGUAGUGUUAGAGUGCAUGCUCUAUAGCCAUGCAGAUUUAUUUAAAAGGACACUACAGGCACCCAGACCACUUCAGCUCAUUGUUCACACUGCAGCACCAAGUCUAUCUCCAGUGGCUGUCUACCAGAGGCGCUUCCUGGAUCCAAACAGACCCCAUGUCCGGUAACUGACACUGGAUGUCCUCUUGCUCUACGUGAGAACAUCCAGUGUCGGAUUUUCCCCAAUAGGAAAGCAUAGAUUGAAUUCCCAUGGAGAGAUAUGAUGAGCGCGGCAUUUUUUGCGCAUACAGAUUAACAUUCACUAGUCACAAGAAGGAGGAGGCGGCGGUAAGUAAAUAAAGGAGGGUAAGGUAAGUAUAUAAAUUGGUUUUAACCCUUUAUUCAUUGACUGGGGGGCACGAGGGAGGGGGGAGGUGGAAGGAGCUAUAGUGCAAGGAAAACAACUUUGUAUUCCUGGCACUUAUACUAUCCCUUUAAACUUUCAUUCUAAAUCUAUUUGGUUAAAAAAUGUCAUUUUGUUAUGUGCCAUGCACUUCUGUGGUUAAAAGGUAGUUGUACCUUCUUAAAUCUGCCCACUAUCUAGACUUGGCUCAUAACAUAACAGGGUUUUAAAUAUUAUCUUUUCUAAUUUCAUAAUCUUCCACUGGCACUCCUUAGUAUGUUCAACCUUUGGCCCAAAUUGCAUUCCAUUGCCAUUAUCUCUCAUUAAUCUAACUUUGUCUCUGAUAUGUAAAAUAUGUAUAAAUAUCAUUUGAAUGGUUACACAAAUGAGAAAAUAUGUGCAUGGCAGUUGCUAGACUUGUGCAAAAGUUGUUUUUAGAUGGUUUGUUUGAAUCAAAUGACUUUAAUCCACAACUGGUUGAAUCGAUUGUCAGGGAUUUACCUGUGGAGUGUUAAAGGAACACUGUAGUCACCAGUUUAAUAUAGUUGUUCUAGUGUCUACAGCCUGACUUUGCAGGCUUUUUAAUCUAAACACUUCCUUUUCUCUGAAGGAGGAGGAGCGGGUCGGGGCCAGCUCUAGAAGAAUAAAAUAACCUUUUUUAACAGUGGCGGCAAGCUACCAAAUAGCACAUUUAGAACUAGAGUGUCAGCAGUACAUAUUUGUAUUCCUGACACUAUAUCACAUCUUUAAUUAAAAGGCGUUUGAUUUGGACAAACCGUCCAAAACAAACUUUUGCGCAAGUCUAGCCUAUAGCUACCUCAAACAAAAAGGAAUGUUGAAAGAGAAUGUGAAAACCAAUAUGAAUAUAAGAUUUAGUACCGAUGUCUCACUCAAGUCACAUCUUUUUGUGUCUCAGUUUAAUGUCGUCAUUCCUUCCCAAUGAAUUCCUCAAAUACAAUGCUCUCUUCUACAGUUACUUCAUACUCCAUUUUUUAUUUUUUUUUAAAACUCUUCUUCUUUUUGAUAUUUCUGUUUUCGCCCAUGUCAUUCAUUCAUUAAUUUCUAUUACUCACUUCUGUAUUAAUUGCAUACAAUUUUGCAUUAUUAUACCCAGGGAUGUAAUCAUCAGCAUUCAUUAUAGACUGUACCGGGGCAAGCUGUGAACACGUAAGACCACUGAGAAUCGAAUUACAGUAGUCAAGGCGAGAGAGGACAGCAGCAUGAACUUUGCUGUAUCGGGCGUUAAAUAGGGUCUGAUGCGCGCAAUGUUUUUGAGAUGUAAGCAGCAGGAUAUGGCGAUUGAUUGGAUAUGAGGGGUGAAGGAGACGGUGGCGUCAAAGAGUACACCUAGGCAGCGAGCCGUAGAGGUAGAGCGGAUUAUAGAACCAUUGACUUGGAAGGACACCAACAAGGGAGUAGCAACACUUGAGGUAGGGAAGACCAGAGGUUCAGUUUAAGGAAAUGAGCAGCUAUCUAGUUGGAAAUAGCAGAGAGGCAGUCAGAGACACGAGUCAAGAGGGGUGAUGAGAAAUCAGGGGAGAACAGAUACAUUUGCUUGUCAUCUGCAUAGAAACGAUACUGGAAGCCAAAGGAGCUGAUGAGUUUACCAAGGGAGGCAGUGUAGAUUGAGAACAAUAGGGAUCAAGGACAGACCAUUGGAGAACACCAACAGAGAGGGAUUGGGGAGAAGAGCCAGAGAAAAACACUGAAAGAGCUCUGGGAGAGGUAGGGAGAGCACCAGGAAAGAGCGGUAUCUCUUAGACCGAGAUUAUGGAGGAUGAGAAGAAGCUGUUGAUGAUCAACAGUGUCAAAAGCAGCAGAAAGGACGAGGAGAAUUAGGAUAGAGUAGUGGCCAUGGGAUUUAGCAGUGAUAAGACCAUUGUAUACGUUGGUCACAGCUGUUUCAACAGAGUGACAAGCGCGGAAUCCAGGUUGAAGCGGGUCAAACAGAGUUAGAUUCGAGGAAGUGUGUGUGUGUGUGUAUAUGUAUGUGUAUAUAUAUAUAUGUGUGUAUGUGUAUAUAUAUAUAUAUAUAUAUAUAUAUAUAUAUAUAUAUAUAUAUAUAUAUAUAUAUAUAUAUAUAUAUAUAUAUAUAUAUAUAUAUUAUACACACACUUCCUCGAAUCCAACUCCCUGCUUGACCCGCUUCAAUCUGGAUUCUGUGUGUGUGUUUUAUACAUAUUGGUGAAUAUGCACUUUGAAUGCAGGGCAUUUUGAUUUUGCAUUCACAAACACUGACACCUCAUACAGAGUCACUGGGGGCAGAUUAUUAGCCUGGCAAAGGACCUUUACAAGCAUAAUAACCACAACUUAUUGCAGUGGUUAUGGUGAACGUAAUCUUGUGGUAGAGUCACAGGAUGUUAACACUGCUAUUACAAUCUAUGGGGGCAGUUCAUUCUGAUUUUGUCGAACUGUUUUCAACUAGUUUUUGACAAAUUUGGAAAUUACCCCUGAACCCAAAGAACACUUGGUCUGCAUGGGAUGCAGUUACAGCAGGUAUAUAAAGAUAUUUAUCAAAAUAUUCUGAAAAUUGAUGGUUAAAGGAUUGAUGUAACCAUUUGGAAUGUGGGUGGGGAGCAUUUCUGUGUAAAAUGCCUUAUUGGGCAUUGUGGAGGAGACCCCCAUCUGCUCUGAUUUUUCUAAAACCUGCAAAAUGAAGGUUUUUACUCACCUGGAAUCCAGCAUCUGGCAAGGUCCCUGCAACAACUACCGCACCACCUCCUGACAUCGCUGGGGAUUCCACGGUCCAAUUGUGAUUGGACCAACUAAUACUUACCAUUUGACUUGCCCAUGUGUGAUCUCAGACUCUUGUUUUUGCAUUCUUGAAGUUCACUGGGCAGGCGAAUUAAAAAAAAAAAAAUGAAAUUUUUUAUUUUUUAAAGGAGCACAGCAUUUGCAAUGCAGCAGAAGUUUUAAGAGGAUCCAGUGGAAUUUUAUAAGUCGCAUUAAAGGAUGCUAAGUAACCUUUUCAUUUGAAUUGCCUUGCCUUUUCACCAGUCAUUACCAUUUUUAUUCCCAUAUUUUACCAUCUAUUUCAUUCUUCAUGAAGCUUCACCUGUCUUGCCUUUCUGUCUUACAAUGUUUUCAUGUAAAUUCUCGUUGAAUUGGAUUUUUAGUUUAGCUAAUCCUGAAAUAACAACAAGAACUGGCUUAACAAAGCCACUGACUGAAUGUAGGGCCUUGCUUUGCUUACCAUAUGUACUCAUUUUGUUAAGAGCCUCAAAUGAGAGCACAUUUUAGGAAGCAUUCCAUGUAAAUGUUACGUGUAGCUCUGUAUGUACAUACACUCUGCAGUAUAUCAGUGCCGUAUUUGUCUUUUGAUGGUAUUUUGUUUCUCAGUAGAGUACCCAGAAUGUCUUUGUAAUUCUGUGCCAGUCACUUCUGAUUCUAUUAUUUUGCCGUUCUUAGCUAAGCCGCAGCUGAAGUCGGAGGUUGGCAUUAUAAUCUGCGAUGUUAGUGAUCCCCCCUCCCUUGACGAAAUGUGUAAGAAGGCCUCUGUUGUUCUUGAUUGCGUGGGACCAGUAAGUAUGAUGCAGCUGCCAAACUUAAUAGAAGCAAAAAAAAAAAAGGAAUGAUGCAAAACGACUUUGCCCAGUUGCAACUUCUCCUUUCCUUAUGACCCUUGUAUCUUACUGAUUAUACUGUUAGCAACUGAAAUGGAACUUCGUUUAAUAUCUGCCCAUAGACAAAAUUUGACAAAGAUCAAGCACCUCAUGAGAAAAUGUACUCCAUACGUUUUCUUAUGUAUAACUAAAAAUUAUGGUAAAAAGCGAAAUAGAGGAACAAAAAAAUUUAAUUUACAAACAAAACCUGUAAACUGACAAGAGCCGCUUUAAAAUAGAAAAUAAAGUACAAGAAAUUGUUCUAUGGUGAAAUGUACACCUCCCUUAUUGAGACACAAACUACACAUCUGUGUAGGCCUGUAUAUUUACAUACGUGUGUUAUAUCAUUUUAAUUAAAAAUAAACAAUAUAUACUGUGGUUCUGCUAUGAGAAAAUUAAGAAACUUUGUAGUAACACUCCAGGCUGAUAUUGAGCCCUAUUUUGUUAUGAAUUCUAUAGACUUAUAUCUUGUAUAGUGAAUACUUUAAAAUAUGAAAAAAAAUAAUAUAUAUUAAUGUGAAAGACUCGCGUUUAAAGUUCCUAAAUCAACAGAAAAGCAGUAACAAGCUCUGCCCUGACCAGAGCAAUCAGGAGUCUAUCAUUUUGCUCCAUAUGGUUUGAACUUAUCACAUAAACUGCUAUCCAGCAGGAAUCUAAUGAAAUACGCUUCCUAGUUUGGAGACAGGACUGAGUUUGCCAGAGCCCUGAUUGUGUGUGUGUGUGUGUGUGUAUUUAGCUGAGGACUGGUCUCAUUCUCAGAGUAGGUUAGGGGAAAUUUGGAAACAUGAAUAGAGUAUAAUAACCUGUAUGUCCUAUAGUUUCCGUCUUUGUUAUGUAUGAGAAAUAGAGCUGGUUUCUAGCUGCACGUUUUUGUCAAUUGCCUCCGUUAAAAGCAACUGCUUUAAAAGAGACUGGGAGAAGGGACUCCCUUGCACCACGAACUGUGCAAUUUGUAAAUGUUUGAGGUGCUUAGUUCUUUCAUUUAAAAAAAAAAAAAAAAUAGUAUUUUAUUUUUCUUUGUUUCUGUUCUCCUUUCUGUUAUUUUUUUGUUUGUUUUUGUUAAAAAGAUAUAAUAAAAUAUUGACAUGUAACAACACUGAAGAAAUGACACUGCUACAAUGUAAAGUAGUAAGUGUACAGCCUGCAUAACAGUGUAAGUUUGCUGUCCCCUCAAAAUAAACUGUUGGCAACAAAAGUGAGUACACUUCUAAGUGGACAUGUCCAAAUUGGGCCCAAAGUGUUAAUAUUUUGUGUGGCCACCAUUAUUUUCCAACACUGCCUGAACCCUCAUGGGCAUGGAGUUCACCAAAGCUUCACAGGUUGCCACUGGAGUCCUCUUCCACUCCUCCAUGACGACAUCACGGAGCUGGUGGAUGUUAGAGACCUUGCGCUCCCCCACUUUCCAUUUGAGGAUGCCCCACAGAUGCUCAAUAGGGUUUAGGUCUGGAGACAUGCUUGGCCAGUCCAUCACCUUUACCUUCAGCUUCUUUAGCAAGGCAGUGGUCGUCUUGGAGGUGUGUUUGGGGUCAUUAUAAUGUUGGAAUACUGCCCUGCGGCCAAGUCUCCAAAGGGAGGGGAUCAUGCUCUGCUUCAGUAUGUCACAGUACAUGUUGGCAUUCAUGGUUCUCUCAAUGAACUGUAGCUCCCCAAUGCUGGCAGCGCUCAUGCAGGCCCAGACCAUGACACUCCCACCACCAUGCUUGACUGUAGGCAAGACACGCUUGUCUUUGUACUCCUCACCUUAUUGCCGCCACAAACGCUUGACACCAUCUGAACCAAAUAAGUUUAUCUUGGUCUCACAGGACAUGGUUUCAGUAAUCCAUGUCCUUAGUCUGCUUGUCUUCAGCAAACUGUUCUUGUGCAUCAUCUUUAGAAGAGGCUUCCUUCUGGGACGACAGCCAUGCAGACCAAUUUGAUGCACUGACAGGCUGCUUCCCCCACCCCUUUAACCUCUGCAGCAAUGCUGGCAGCACUCGUACAUCUAUUUCCCAAAGACAACCUCUGGAUAUGAUGCUGAGCCUGAGCACGUGCACUCAAUCUCUUUGGUCGAUCAUGGCGAGGCCUGUUAUGAGUGGAAACGGUCCUGUGAAACCGCUGUAUGAUCUUGCCCACCGUGCUGCAGCUCCGUUUCAGGGUCUUGGCAAUCUUAUUAUAGCCUAGGCCAUCUUUGUGUGGAGCAGCAAUUCUUUUAUUUUUAUUUUUUUCAGAUCCUCAGAGUUCUUUGUCAUGAGGUGCUAUCGUGCACUUCCAGCGACCAGUGUGAGCGAUAACAUUCAUCAAUAGAAAACAGGAAGCACCCACCUAGUCUUAAAGCCAAGAACCCAUACAAAUAAGCCUUACUUAGACCUAGGCCCUGUACGUACGACCAACAGACAUCUAGACCCAGUUUAAUCCCCAUACCCAGUUUGCUCUCACCCACAACUCCGUGUUGGAAAGAUGAACAUCAUAGAUCUUGAAACAAUGUAUGCGUAACCAUAUACAGAUAUACAAAAGACAUGAGAUGGUAUAGAACGACUAAGGUCUACACGCUACAACUUUAGCCCAAAAUACACCGAUGUCAUGCAAUGUUAAACUGUAACCUAAACCUGAGGUAGACCACACCGGAACCGAUAUACCUUUAAACGCCUGAUUGACGCUACGUGAACACGUCAUAUCCCUGCUCCCUCUUUCGUACACAGCGUGGCUGAUGCCCAGCAGGGGCGGAGCUAUCACCGGCCCUCUUCUAAUCAGCAUGGGAGGACUUCCUCCCAAGAAGCCUACAGCAGAGAGCAGGAGAAGCUCCUCCAACUCCCAACUACCUCAGGCAGCACUCUGGAUCCCAGGUAAGCUACCCUCCUGAACCCACAAAGUAGGAAACAGGAGAGUGGCUAGAAAAGUGUAUAUUUUGACCAGCAUCUUUGUGUGUGUUUGUGUGUCUGUCAGUGUCUGUAUGUCUGUCAGAGUGUGUGUGUGUGUGUGUGUAUCUAUAUGUAUGUCAGUGUGUCUUUGUGUGUAUGUCUUUAUGUCUAUCAUUGUGUGUCUGUAUGUCAGUGUGUGUUUAUCUGUAUGUCUGUGUGUGUGUGUGUGUGUAUCUGUAUAUAUGUCUGCAGCAAAAUGCAUCUUCGCCUGUGUAGUCAAAAAUCCUAGCACCGGCCCUGCACCUUACACGCUCUACUUUUCUGGUUGGUUUAUUUGUUUGCUUCCACUUUGCAAACCAUUUGACAACUCACCUGGUGGUCUGGCAGAUGCUGGUCACAGCCUCUUCUGGAGCCAGUAGCUCCUGCUAGAAGCUUCCAUUUGCACCACUGAGCUAAACGCUAUGGACAGGGCUUGCUCGUUGCUGGAGAGUGACAGCUGCAAGGUUUAGCUCAGGACAGCUAAUAGAAGUUCCUGCUUAGAAGAUUCCAACUCUCCGGAGAUGGUAGUGGAGGCAGGGAGCAGCACCCAAUGGACCCCAGGUAAGAAGUCAAACUGUUGAAGGGUGCUUUUACUAGUUACAAUGUGGGUCGCAAGGGCACUCCUGAAUAUAGUGUGACUGGGUUACUGCAUGGUGUGUGCAUGCAGACUUCACCCUUUAACCCAGUUGUGUAAUGAUAAUUGUUGAGAUGCAGUUCUUUAUCAGUAUAUAGGCCUUCCAUUCCUAUCCAGCUGGGGUUGGAUGAUGCAAGUUUAUAUACAGUGCAAAGUUCUAUAUGACAUUCUCAAUUAAAAAAUAAAUGGUUGUGACCUAAAUUGUUUGAACCUUAGAUACAAAAUGGAUUACAUUGCGUAUCUCUCUUAACAAGAAAGAUAAUCUAACUAAAUAUCGGUUAAUUAGUUUUUGAUUUAUUGUGAAACUUUUUUUUUUUUUUGACCAGCUUCGUAAUGUAAUUUGCCUUUUCUAUUACAGUACAGGUUUUUCGGUGAGCCUGUAAUAAAGUCCUGUGUGGAGAAUGGAGCACACUGUGUUGAUAUCAGUGGAGAGCCCCAGGUAAGUUUCAGAUUAGUAUAUAUUUUUUUUUCCAAGUGAUGUAAAUCUAGAACAAAUAGCACGAGAUUUAUCAUGGGAUGCAAAUAUAAAUAAUUUAUUCUAUCUAUUCGCUACUUCAUUGUUCGACUAGUUAACAAGGUAUGAAUAGGGAUAAAAGGGGAUUUCUUGGAGAAUAAUCAAAAUAUCUUUUACAGACCUCCUUUCAUUUUAAAUAUCUGUUUAGCAUGUGACGUACCUUCUCACUUAACACUCUGUUUUGCCUUAGUUCCUAGAAGGAAUGUAUGCGAAGUAUGACAGCCAGGCUGCUGAAAAUGGAGUAUAUAUUGUGGGUAGCACCGGAUUUGACUCUAUUCCAGCAGACUUGGGAGUGUUAUUCACACGAAACAGCUUGCAAGGUGUGCACUGGGACUAUUUCAUGUGUUCUUCAAAAAUUAAAACGUAUUUUAGUCAUCCUUUACCCAAUUCACUUUAUUUUCACAGAUAUUUUAAACAUACCAUCACAGUGUAUAAGGAGUGUACACAGACACGAUCCCUUUUCUGGUUUCCAAUACAGAAACAAAGGGGGGGGGAGCAGAAAUUUCCAGUACCUUUUUUUUUUUUUUUGGAAUCAGGAAUCAGUCAAAAAAACAUAGGCAUGACCACUAAAGAAAACCAAUCCUGUUUUUAUCUAGUGCAGAGGAAAGGAGGCCAUUUAGAGGUAUUCAAUAAACUGGUUAAUCAACAAUUCAAAAAUCUAACUUAUAAAACGAAAUCUAAUUUAAUUAAGGAGGAAAGAAUCUGUUUCAAAAGUUUAAGAAAAAGAGAGGAUAUUAUAAUUAAGUAGACAAAAGUGAUGGAGUUGUGGUCACGUCAUGUGAAUAUUAGAAUAUUAUUGGGAGGAAACCCUCCAAAUUAAAACAUAUAUAAGACUGGGAUACAAACCCAGUACAGAGUUAAACUGAUCCCUUAAAGUGGUAUUACAGAAAGCAUUGAAAGAUGGUAUUAUUUCCACAAACCAUUUUGGUUUUUUUUUUAAUGAUCAUCCCAUUUUUUUUGAAUUUUUUUUAUUUAGAGGGGCAAAGGUUUAAAAAUAUCAGGAAGUAUUGCUUUACUGAGAGGGUAGUGGAUGCAUGGAAUAGCCUUCCAGCUGAAGUGGUAGAGGUUAACACAGUAAAGGAGUUUAAGCAUGCGUGGGAUAGGCAUAAGGCUAUCUUAGCUAUAAGAUUAGGCCAGGGACUAACUAAAGUAUAUAGAAAAUAGGGCAGACUAGAUGGGCCGAAUGGUUCUUAUCUGCUGUCACAUUCUAUAUUUUCCCAAACUGGAAGAUCAAUAAUUGGUGGCAUUAACUCAAUAACUGCCAAUUUAUCAAUGUUUGUGGAUAUAUACUUACAGAAAUAUGCACAGGAAUCUAUAGCUAAUGUUAAUGACCCAUUUUUUUUUUUUGAUUGCUUUUAUAUACAUACACACAUUUUGUGGUAUGAGUUCAUGAAUAUACCGAAUACUGUAUUAGAUAUCCAUAACAAGAAGCCUUGAAAAUCAAUGUUCGUGUAAGUGAUGCAUAAGCUGAAAAUAUUGGAAAGAAGGGAUCUUCUCAUUUUAAAGUACAGUCUGCUGUAGUGAUUAUGGGCCAUGAGUGACCUGGCGCACUCUUGGAGUAAGUGGUCAAACCGUUUAAGAACCCGGGUAAGUUGUGAAACCAUUCUUAAAGGACCACUCCACACUUGGGUAAAAAACAACAACCCGUAAACACAGCUAGGUAGAUAUACCCCAAUGAAUACAUGCAUGAAUAUUUUUAUGUAUGUAUUCAUUGAUGAUAUAGUCAAAAACAGCUUGCAAAAACUGCAGUUCUUAUGACUGCAGCCUUUGUAAGCCCUCCCCUUUUUGCAACAUGUCUCAUUCCCUACCUCAAACCCUGCAGCGUGUCUCCCUCUCACUGACCUUCUUGUUGCGGGUGCAUGGCGGCUCACUCGGCAAAAAUGUCCCUGGCGCAUGCAAACAUGUAAUGAGUGACCACGUGCGCAGGGCCGCCAUCAGGGCAUGACAACUGUGACAAUUGUCAUGGGCCCGGCGGCCCGAGCCCCGCGUGGAUCAGCGGAACUGCACCAGGGCCCACACGCUGAUGGGGCCCAUCAGGUGGCCCAAUCAUUUAGGGCCACCCAAUGGGCCCUAAUAUCUUCAGUAAUAGCGCGACCGGGCCCCUUUAAAAAAAACAAAAAAUGCAGCCGGAAGCAAGUGCUGCUGGGAGCAAAGUGACGUCCGGUCACUUCCUCCCACUUUACUCCGCGCGGGAAGGACGACGCAGCAUGAGGAGAGGCAGCCGAUGCCCAUCAUCCUCAGCCCCCCUCCUGCAACGAAAUGGUAAGGAAGAGAGGAGGGUGGCUGGGAUGAGGUGUAUGUAUUUAAGUACAUACACCUCAUUUCACCUUGUUUCACUGUCAGCACUCUCCCUGCAAGCAUGAGAAGCACUUGCUGGUGGAGUAACACUGUGACACUAUGCAGGUAACACUCUUCUAACAAGAGUGUGGGGCCAGCUGGGGUACUCCACACCUUUGUCGUGUUUUUACUGUUAUUUACUUAUUAAGACUUUGCAUACUGUUUUCAUAAAUUACUUUCUAAUUUACCGUUUCUAUUUCAAGAGUAAUUUUGUAAUUGUUGCCAAUUCAUCAACCUUAGAUAAUUUCAGAGACAUUUAAAUUCUGUCACAAUUUGGUUUAAUUCAGAGAUGCUUAUUAGUGGUUAAUUUUAAUCAGUUUGGUUACCUCACUUUGCAUUAUAGUAAAUUGGGUGUGUUUGAAAGCUGUCCCAGAUUGCUCUAAAUAAUUUGGGAAAAAUAUGCUACAGCAAAUUUCACCUUUAGUAAAUAAUCCCUGAAGAGAUGUUUGCAAAGCCGUUUUUACACACCCUUUCUGCUAAUUGGUGAUAUGUACACCAUAUAUGCAGCUAGAGUGACCUUGUAGCACUUCCGUUUGCCUGUAAGAGAACUUCAAGAUCCUCAUUAAAAGACCAAACUUACUAAGGACAUGCACAGCUAUUUGUUUUAAAGUGUUAACUGUCAAUUUAAAUAUAGGCAAAAUGGGGAAAAAUCUGCUAUGUUUUUAGUUUGGUAAUUUUAGAAAUGCAAUUUGAAUUCACUUAGACUAGCGGACAAUUCACAUUUUAGUGAAUAGCCGUAUGAAUGUAGAACUUGAAGAAAAUCGAAGGAACUGAGGUUUUGCUAGCUGAAAAGAGGUUCAUAUGGAAAUUGGAGACAUGCUUGUUGCGCAUCCACACUGCCUGCCCACACAUAUGCGCACUGCAGCUUGCAAUGUAACAGAUACACACUUUCUGGCAGCAGCAUUAUAAAGGUACCAGUCAAGAUACUGCGGCAUGUAACUGACAUCAAUAAGUAGGUGGAUAGGUGCAGAGCAGAGACUGUGACUGUAAUACAGAACCAUCUUAUAGUUCAAUCAAACACAAUGAAAUAAACAACUUAUAUAAAGCUAAUAUGGAACCAGUAAAUCUACCGUGACCAGUUAUGAAGGAUGAAUUACUUUAACAGCCCCAUUGUACUUUGCGUUUAAGAUAAACAUUAUCUUUCUGUUGAAUUUCACCACCAUUUAUUGCUAGUUAAUAUGAUAUCAGUAAAGGACGAGGGAGGACCUGACUCUGCAACAGUUCUUUAGAAUGGUAUGUGUAUCGAAAGAGGAAAGUAAAGUUCAUCAUUAACUGAAAAAAGAAUGUAUUACUUUUGCAUCUGCACAUUUACAUGAAUGUUUCACUUAUUACAGUAGAAAUAAGCUUCAUUCUAAAAUAUACACUCACAUUACGACAAUUUUAGCCGUUGAAUAGCUUAAACUACCCUAACUUUAGGCAGACCUAUGACCUGAAGAAAACUUUGAGUUAAAGUAUGAAAUGACAGCUAUAUGUUUAUAUCAACAUUUUAAAUUAUUCUGUUUGCUCCUUGACAACCAGUUUUAAAAAGAUGAUUGUCAUAGAGCAGCCAAUCAGAUUCAUGGCUGCUGUAAGGAGAAAUAUAUGACACUUUUAGCAGCACUGUGCUAAGUCGGAUAGGACACUGAUUGCAAAAAACAGCAAGUUUGAUUGAUGAUUGGUCCACCUACAUCUAUAACAGUGUAUGUAUGCCUGUAUAUGCCAGUGUAUAUGUAUGUAUGCCAGUGUGUGUGUGUAUGUAUGUAUGCCAGUGUGUGUAUGUAUGCCAGUGUAUGCGUGUCUGUAUGCCUGUGCGUGUCUGUAUGUAUGCAUGCCUGUGUGUGUCUGUAUGUAUGCCUGUCAGUAUGUAUGUAUGUAUAUAUCAGUAUGCAGUAUGUGUAUGUAUAUGUAUGUAUGUCUGCAUGUAUAUGUGUGUGUGUGUGUGUCAGUAUCUCCCUAUGCAUGUGUGUAUGUCUGUUUCAGUAUUUGUAUCUGUUAGUGUGUGUGUGUGUGUGUGUAUUCCUGUGGGCGGGAUUUGGAGGCGGGCUUGAAUGGGGGCCCAGACCUUGAGCUGUGUUAGGGGCCCCAAAAUUUCUGAUGGCGGCCCUGCGAGUGCGCACACAUGCUAAUGAGAGCAAGCGCACAAGCAAACGCACCCUCGUGUUAAAAAAAUGAAUGUAAACAAAAUGCGCAGAAAUUUAAAAAAAUAAAUAAAAUAAAUGGAAAAUAAAAUACCACAAUACUUUGCGUGGACGGCAGACGCGCUCUAUUAGAAAGCGCCUGUUACUUCCAUUACCUCAGAUGGGCUAACAGAAGUAGGAAGUGACAAUCCCCAGCUGUCAAUCAAACAGGAGUUUCUAUUUUGAAAUAUAAAAGUGCUAAUUUCACAAUGAAAUUGACACUUUUGUAAAUGGGAAUUUUAAAGGAAUACCCCACAGCAAUAUAGCAUUUCAGAAAUGUAAAGUGCUCUAUGGGUGUGGAGUACUCCUUUAAAUGGUUUGACUAUUUACUCUGGGAGGGCACUCCUGGCAACAUAACUCCUACACUGGACUGUACUGGUUUCCACCGCAGUGGUCUAAGUGUUCGUCUGGGUGGCUGCAAUUCCUAUGGCCAUCUUGUUUGCAUGGAGAAAAACGGCAAAUAGACUUCAGGGUGACUUUGCCGCGAAUGUCCUGUAACUAUUUUCGGCAUGAAAACCUCGCCGUUCCCGGUCGGUCCUCCAGCAGCACUUAGCCGCUAUUCUAUGGGGCUAUUUUCGGCUAUGGGACCAUGCCUGCGGUCGGUAAAAACUAUAACUUCCAUAAAAUUUCUGAACCCCUGAACUGAUCUGGGUGAUUUUUGGAUAUGUUGGUCACCCAGAUCAGGACUAUCAGAGGAUGUAACUUUUAUGGGGAUUUUAAGGUAUUUUGGGGGUUUUGUAAAAAUGUGUGGGGUUUUUUGUGCUUGGAGUUAAUGGAGUUUAGUAUAGUGUUUGACUCCAUUAUCUCUUAAGUAAAGGGAAAGGCUUAUUGUAUUGUGUGUGGGAGUGUCAUACAUUGUAAACGUGUUAUCAUUGGUGUAUAAGUUUAUGUCCCUGUCCCCAACAAGGUACAUGUGGGCGUACACCUUGCUUGGGGACUUGCAUAAAAGGCCAGUGUGGCUACCAUUAAACCAUUCCUGCUUAACCCUCAACACGUAGCCUGGUCUUGUAAAUGUAGGGAACCUGAUAUACAGCUAUACUACUAGCUCUUAUAAGAGCUUCACAGCUAUACUCUCUUGGAGGAGAGGCCCUCCCACUGAGUCCCUGGAUCCAGGAGUUUGACCCAGGACGGGAAGGGACGGUGAUACCCCAACCAAGCUGCGGCGGUUCGUGGGGUCUAUGGUGCUUAUGGUGUGCGGUGCUUAUGGUCCCCAGUGUCAGCUAGGAAGCCUCGAUUAGCGGAGGUACCCAGUCGGGGUGCCAGGCGGUCUGUCAAAUGGGGCAUUUCCCCAAAAAGGGGUAAACAUCCUGAAUGGCACUCUGGCUUCAUUGCCAGCAUGCUAGUGAGAUGUCACUCCAUUUCAUAUUCCCUAGCCAGCUCUAUCACCAUUGGCUCAGUAACCAUGGCAUUCAAAGAGCAUGCUCUGCUACUGCUCUCUGUAAGUUGUUCAGCACAGAGGUCUAUGCCAAACGAUUGAUUGUCAGGUCGGAGAAAGACCUAUUUACCCGUUAAGGAAUAAAAGGGAAUCAUGACAUGUCAUGUGUCCUUAAGGGAUUAAAAUUAGUUAAUUUUUGUUUGUUUUUUAUCCCAGUCUAUAUAUUUGCUAACUAUUCUGAUGGCAAAAUGUGUAGAUUAAAUGCUUUUCUCUAUAAAAUAAGCACAACCUUGACAUAUGGUGACCUGUUCCAGAAGUGGCAUUUAUGCUAACAGGACUUAAUUUAGCAUUCGAGGAACUUUUAAAAACAUUUUUUUUUUUUUUUUCUAAAUUUGUAUUAUUGUUUUAUCAUAUUACAAAAAAUGAAUGUGAUUUGCUUUAGAAAAGAUUUCAACACCCUAAAUGGCACCACUAGUGAGUGAAGUGCCUUGUAUAAAGAAUGCUAUCCAUCUAUAGGUGGGACAGUCCCUUUCUGGAUGAUCUUAACCAUUCCCUUCCCAGGCCUCCUUAAUUUUACCUAGGACCAGUCUCAUUCACAGAAGCAUGAUCUUUUGGUAAGUUAAUUUACAGAUAUGUUCUAUAGCUAUAUACACCCCAUUUAUGUCAGAGUAUCAUACAUGUCAUGCAUGUACUUCAAAUACUGUUAUUUGUUGCCAUUGUUACUAAUCACUAAUGAAUAAUUUGAUUUAUUUUUUUGCUAAAUUUUCUUUGCUAGGUACUUUGACCGCAGUGGAAAGCAUCUUAACUUUCAAAGCAGGAAAAUCGGUUAGUUUAAGUAUUUUUUUUUUAUUAUUAUUAUUUAUUUUUAUACUCUAAUCAGUUUACUUUUUUUUUUUAAAUCAAUUCUUAACUGCUUGCAAUCUGUUUCAAAGUAUGUCCUAAAUAUCAUUUGGCACUAAUCCCCCUUCUCCUCUUUUGUAAUCUACCUACAGUGUUGCAUACAUUUUCCAUCUCCAUUCUCCAGCUUGACUAGUGUCACAAAAUCUCACAAUAUUAACAGUACUUGCACACUGCUUCUGCCAUCAGUAAUCUGAUCCAGAUUUAAGUGAUCUGCACCUGAUGGAGGUGCGGACCACAACGCUCCCUUCCAUAGACAUUGUGCCUAUCAGGGAGAUAAUUUUUCUCUCCUGGCUCAAGGACGCCCUCUUACAGCCACAGCUUCAGUCCAAAACAUUGGCCCCACCAGCCCCUGUCUAAGCCUGGGCCCUAGGUGGCCGCAUAUACAUAGUUAUGGUUAAUCCAGAUCAAUCCGUAAUGCUAAGUAAUCUCUAUAAACCUCCAUCAUUUACCCUGACCUUUCCAAAUUUUGUUCCACACAGUCACCCUAAUUUAAAUGAAUUGAAAAGGUACAAAAUGGGAUCUUGGAAUAUAGCAUGAGAAAAUGUACUUAGGCAUUCAGGAUGGGCAAGUAAAAUGCAAAUACCCUUGUUACUGCACAUCAAUGUUAUAAAAUCUACUGCUUUUACCUUGCACAUAAGUAAGGAGCACAUGAUUGGCAGUUGUUCAGACUUUGCUUCCAGUCUCCAUAAAAAGUUGUAUCACAUGCUAGAAUGUUGUAUCACAUGCUGGCUAUAUUCUCCCACCCUCUCAUGAUUUCAAUUUGUAUUUUUUUUCUGUUAACAGGGUACCUGCAUUCAUGACGGAACAUGGCAAUCUGCUGUUCAUGGAGUAGCAGACCAGGGUAAUCUUAAGAAACUCAGGAAGCAAUUGGCAUGUAAGCCACUUCCAGUCGUUGGUAAAAAAUUAAAAAAAAGGUCAGUGAGGUUUUUUUUUUUUUUUUAAUUAAAGUCUUAAAUUGAAAAUGUAAUAUAGUCCAACAAAUUAAAAUAGCAGUACUUUGCAUUGAAUUAAUAAUUUGUGAAAUCCUUUAAGCAGUUCUGUUAUAAGGAAUUAAUUUUUAAUUACAUAAUUUUUACACAUUCAAGUUUUGAGCUAUUGUAUGUUUAUUUUUCAGGGGCGCAUUGUUUUACGCCAAUGAAGUAGGACAGUAUGCCAUUCCAUUCCUUGGAGCAGAUGCUUCUGUAGUUAGAAGGACCCAACGAUUCCUGCACGAACACCAUGAGGAGACCCCUGUAAGUUUUAAAUGUUCAAGAAACCGUGGUUCUAUAUAACGUUCAACUCUGUAUAGUCAAAAUGCUACAUUGCAAAGGGUUUAAUUCUUCAAAAACAAUGCUUUAUCUUCCAUUUUAGGAAGUGGUGAGUUAGUUAAAACUAAAGGAAUCAUUGUAAAAUGUAGGCAGCCCUGACAUCACGUUGGUGAUGGUGAAUAAAAGUAUUUGGAGGUUUAAUGCUGCACCAUACAAAUCCAAACUGUAGCUGAUUAGAUGCAUGAGGGAGCCUGAGUAGAGGAAGUUUGCAUACCAAGGAGCAGGAACAUGCAGAGUCUGGUAAUCAGAAGGAAAAAUCAAACGGCAGGUAGCGAUAAACACAGCCUAGAAUGCUUGCUUAAAGAGCGGAUUUGUUGCUGGCAGUCCUUUGCGUGUAAACAGACAAGCAUCUGACAGACAGGUUUUUGCCAACCGCUAUCUAACUGCCAAGGGAAUUCCAGGCAGAGAAACAUUGCUUUCUGAAAAACUUUAAGGCAAAGCUCCAAAAAAAUUGCUUUGUCUUGGGGGAAAUAAUUAUAAAUUGAUUUUGGAAUGUUCCAAACCUGUCUUAACGUCAUGGCCACUAGAAGAAAUUUCUUGAGUUAGAUGAUAUACCAGGACGUUCUUUAACAGCUCAAAAGGUAGGACCAGCCAAGAAAAUGGUAACAAACACCUUAGUGUUAUGAGUAGGGGAGGAUGUCAAAUAGUAUGAAAUGUUCCUUCGUAGAUUAAGUCCUAAAUUCUUUUGGUACCUAGAUUGCAGAAAGAUAUUGAUAACCGAGAAAGAAAAAAACCCUUUUGAAUCCAUAUUUGUUCCUGAAUUCUAAAGCCAUCAGAUUAGUGUGCUAUGGGGCAAAACUGGUUCCACUUCAUCAAAUGAAGGAGAAUGAUCCUCAUCCUGAGGCUUUUUGUCCUACCUUGAUAAUUGUUUGUCUCUUAGUCCGCCCAUUGUACAGCGCUGUAGAAUUUGUUGGCGCUUUAUAAAUUAACCUUUUUACACCCUCCUGGCUAGAAGUCAGACAACCAGUCCUGUUACUUCUGUGUUUAGCUCAGUGGAGCUAAACACAAGAGUCCGCAAUUUCUCAAUGCACUUACCUUACAAAGACUUCUAAUUGAGCUGCAUUGGGAAGGUUGUGAUUGGACUGCCAAAAAAUGUUCUGGGCAGAGUUCAGAGUAGGGCAUGCAAAAGCUGUUUUUGUCAAUAUCUUCCAAGGAACAUCAGAUGAAGAAAUUCUUUUGAAGAGGUGUUUCUUCUUGAAUAUUUAUUUGAUAGUCUACUUUUUUGCAUUGCUUAAAGGCUUCACUUCAUAAUUAGAAGACUAAUGGAGAAAACCCCACAGGGGGAAGAACGCCACAAAAGAAUUACCCCGGAGGAUGAUUCUUAAAAACAGGGUAACCUGAAAAUCAAAUCCAGAAAAUAAAUGAAAUUGGGGAAAAAAAGGCUUUAUUAAAUCUUAUACAAAAAUAACUAAACUCACACGAAGUGUUUCCUAAACAAGGAAAAACUGUUGUGCAAAAUUGUGUAAAUGAUGGCCCAAGCAGCAUGACCAUUAGAUCAUAUAGUAUACUAUUCUAAUAUAAAGAAUUAAAAGGAUCUAUAUCAUAUCAAGUUCAAAUACACUAAUUACCUAAACAUGUUUGACUCUUGCACCCUAUUUGGAGGGAGACCCUUAUAGAAUAAAUUAAGCGCUUUGCACUGUUACAGCAUUCUGUGCUGUCCUACGUUCAAUGGCCUUUAAAGCCACUGCAGCAGCAUUAACAGCUUUGAGCCCUGGUGAGCCCGGAAUACUUGCCUUCAUGGCGUUCCGCUUCAUAAAGAACAACCAAUAGUGCUGUCUGGUGACACAGUAUCAAGAUGGGUAGAAGUAAAAUAAAAUGUACUCACAAGUAGAGUGCAGGCCUGUCUGCACUCGGAUGAUAGCGUGGGUGGUAUAAUCCCCACCUUAGGAUAUGUAAAAUGCCAGGAAAAGGUGUGUGUAUAUAUAAAAAAUAAAAUUGUAUAAAGGCAUAAUAAUACAAAAUUAUUUAUUAGUAUAAAAUAUACAAUAUAAUAAAACCAAUAACGCGUUUCGCCACUAGGGCUUUAUCAAAUUGGAAUAACAAUAAACCUGGCAUAUAAGGAGUAUAUACUUCAAUAGCUACUUCAAUCAUUUAAAAUUGGCGCCAAAAAAAGUCAUCAAAUGGCUGCCAAUCAGAGCUGUACAUGAUAUAAAAUGAGCAUACAAUAUACAAAAGCAAAAAAAAAAAAAAAAUGUUUUAAACAUAAGUUAGAAUAUACUUAUUAAUACAUAUAUAUGUAGUUAAAAAACGAGAUUUAAAUAAUGAGAUAUAAAAUAUGUGCGCGUCACGUGACUCGCAGUGCACCUUGGGAAACGUAAUGCAUGAGCCACGUGACCGCCAUCGGCAUUCCCACACAGUGUGGGACCGUACGGCCGUCCCAAAAAGUGGGCGGCACGCACGUAAGAUGGGGCAGGUUCAGAAAGCGUCACAUGACCCGCAAAGUACAGUCCGCGGGUCAUGUGACCGGAACCCUAUCGGCACAAAGCAUUAUGGGAAUAGUAGUUUAGGAAAUACCAAAUAGUUAAAACAAAUAUAAGAAUGUGAAUAUAAAUAUAUGCAUAGAGACAUAACAUAGGAAGAGGAUAUAAGACAACUUUCAAGAUACAUUUAAAUAAAUGAAAAGCAUUAAUUAUUUUAUUUGUGUAAAUUUAUUUAUCUCUCUUGGCGCAGCCUUCCUUUGUUUUUAUUUGUACUGUACCAUAUUUGGUUACUGGCUGGCUAACUAAUGCCGGAUGGCGAAACAAUUUUCUAACUGUGGUGACAGGUGAGGCCCUGCUAGGUGCCAAGUGAUUUGAGAGGCUGUAUCUAUUGAUUGGCGCUAGGGAAUUGUUGCCACCGAAACGUUGUGGCGGGAUGUUGGCCUCUCGAUGACAACUAAACGCAUAAGAUAGAAAGGGAGUGACAAGUGAGGCCCUCUCUAUGCGACCGUGCGAGGCGGCUAACUAUGUUUUGGCCUGAGGGGUGAAUAUCCUCAAGCGUGGAGGAAAUGGGUUGGCCUAGCGGGACCACUAACACUACGGCGAAGAAGCCUGGAUAAUUUACUAGUGGCCACCUAUCCUAGAUAAGCCAGUAAUGCUAAAUAAAAACGAAGGUUUUAGGCAAAACGUACUCGAGACCCACUUGCGUUUGGUUAGGUCAGAAAAAUUGGUCACAACCCAAAGAGAACCUGAGACUUCCACCACUAUUAUAGUGGAAGAGAGGUUUAUACCUAGUGAUAGUAAAGAGUAUAUGUUAUACAGAGUAAUAAACGUACUUCCCUUUAACGCUGAUAGUGCCCCAUACUUUACACCUUACUUACUGGACAAUGUUAAAUAAAGAUUUGAUAGAAAUGAACGUAGUUGAUAUAAGUCAACUUGAACCUGAAAAGCAAGCAUAGAGAAAUAAGUAAGGUAAUCUCUGACAUACUAGCCUUAAUACAGUAUUGUGGCCAUAGCGCCAUGUAAACGGACAAAAACAAUUUGAAGCCAAUAAGAGAUUUAGUAAGCACACAACCUUUUUAACCUAAAGCUGAUCCACAUCUAAUGCAGAUGGCCCAUACUUAUAUGUAUGCUUGAAUUCAGACAAAAGGUGAAGAAAUCAGUAGAUGCAUGCCUCUACUGUACUGUCAUAUGUGUCUAUGGUGUAACAUGCUCCAUUAAGUAAUGUGUAUAUGCUGAGCCUGUCCCCCCUGUAGAAUAUGUGCCAUAAGGGUAGGUGUCCAGUAACUAUGUGAGUGAAUAGACAAUAGUUAAACAUAUAUAGAAUAGUUUUGGUACUUAAAUAUGGCGGUUAAUUGAUCGUAGUGCAAAUGAACAUAGUAUAAUUCUUAACACAGCAGCAGGUACCACAGCAGCAUGCAACCGGCCGCACGCCUCAUAGCAGUAUGUACCAUAGCAGCACGCACCAAAGUAAUAUGUUUAAUAGUAACGUGCCCCACCUCUGCGUGUAUUACAGUAGUAUACCAUAUAGUAGCCCGCCAUGCAGUGGCACGCUAUCCAUUAGCACAGUAGUAUGUAAUACAGCAGCAUGUAGCACAACACUUAUGCACUAAUAGUAGUAUACAACACAGUAGUAUACAACAUGCAAAAUAGCAGCAUGCAAGACAGUAGCACGUCAUAAAUAAGUACUUAAUACAUUAGUAUGUAAUACCAUUUAUAAAAACAGUAACAGGAGUGUGCAGCCCAGUCGUAUGUAGUAUAUAAUACAGUGGUAUGCAAUAAAAGUAUGUCAAACAGUAGUAUGCAGCCCAGUAGUUUGUACUGGAAUAUGAAUAUAGUGGUAUGCAGAAAGUAGUAUGUAAUAAAGUAUGUCAUACGGUAGUAUGCUGCCCAGUAGUUGUACUGUAGUAUGUAAUACAGUCUAAUCCAGCCCAGUCUUGUACAGUUCUAUAGCCCAGUAGUAGGUAAGCCAGCACUAAAUAAUACAAAAUAAUGUGUCACCCAGUAGCAGUAAUAGGUGUUGCAGCAGCAUAAAAAAACUCCUUUUGGUAUGUAAGCUGCGCUUCUCCCACGUGGGAGAAGAAAACAAAACCGGUCAGCAGUGAGGAGACCUGUGUGGUCUGUGGCUGCUGCGUCCAUAUGUCUGACUGCCAGGCCCCCCACCCCUAUGGACCGUUCGGGUGUGGCAGAGGGACUGGAAUCCUGCUAACUCACGAUUUUAGUGCACCACGAGCGUAUGGCAAAAGCAGCCGCUUGUAAUGCCAAUGUGAGCGCACCGACCGCAAACCGGAUGUGACCGGAUCGUAAUUCGGAAGUAACGAAACCAGAAGUGAUGCCUGCCGAACGUCAUAAUCCAUGGUGAUGCAGGUAAAGGGGGGGUGAGUUUAAAUAGCAUCAACAUGCCCCUCCCACAACUCCAGGCAAACCUUUACAUAUAAAGUGUAACAAAAUACUUAGAAUUACAUUUUUUUAUAUUAUUUUUUUACAAAAAUGAUUAAGUAUACAUAUAUAUAUUUUAUGUGCAUAUUUUUGUAAUCUUUUAACAUAAUUAUGUGAUUUUAUUAAUAAAAAUUUGAGGGACCUGCUUGACAACCCAGGCAGAAAGUCCAGGCACUAUAUUUAACCUGCAUCUUUCCAAGACUCCAUAAAAUCUGUACAUGGGGGUAAUGUUUUACUCGGUAGACUUCGCUGAACACAAAUUGUAGUAUUUCAAAACAGUAAAUUGUAUUAAAAUGAUAUUGUCUGUGAAAGUGAUGUUUUUUGCAUUUUUUUUUCAAACACAAACAGCACUUACACUGACGAUAUUGUUGUAGUACGUUUUACUGUUUUGAAACUCGAAUAUUAAUGCUUAAUUUGUCAACAGCUAGUCCAAUGUCAUGUACUUUAUUUUUUAAAUUUCCAUCAUUUUAAACAUUCAUAGAAUUUUAUAAUCACACUUGCAUUUCUUUUUGUGCAAACAUAAAUAAAACUAACAAAAAACAUACAUACAUACAUACAUACAUACAACAUAAAACGCUCUGCCAGGAGUAUGUGUAGGGUAGUUAUAAAGUUCAGAGAUUGGAUAUUAUAUUUAAACCCCUUGUUGACAUUUUUAUUACCAGCCUGAAAAUUAUUUUACUUUUUACUCUUAUUUUACUUCUAACGUAAUUAUAUAUGGGUGCCAUUGUCUUUUUUUGUGCAUCCUGCUCUCCAUGAUAAGUUGGUACCUAAGUUAAUUAUUAACUUGCUUCCAGCAAGUUUCUUGAUCGAUUUUCCAAUUUUUGGCUAUUAGAUGUUUUGCGUAUUGUUAACGAUGCUCAAGAUUUCUAUCCAUUCCGACGUUGUAAUUUGUAUGUCUAGGUUACGUUCUUAUUUUUUAAUUAUUGGAGAUAGUUUCCUGUGGCUCGUCUCUAAUCAAUUUUAAUAUUACAGAAAUUAGUAAUUUUUUGUUAAUUUCCCAGAUAUCAUCUGUUCAAAAUCCUGAAUUUUAAUAAAUACCAGAUGUUUUUGAAGAUCAGAUUUAAUUCUUAUAUAAGUGAAUAACUCUUUUCUUAAAUGACCACUAUAGUGCCAGGAAAACAAACUCGUUUUCCUGGCACUAUAGGGUCUUUAGGUCCGUCCCCCCCACCUUCAGGGUCCCACUCUCGCCAGGCUGAAGGGGGAGAAAGGAGUUAAACUCUUACCUUUCUCCAGCGCCAGGCUCCCGCUGGGGAACUCUCCUCCCUCUUUUGAUGUCAGCUCUGCAUGCUUUUCUCAAUGCUUUCUUAUGGACGUCAGCUUCUUCUCCCUGUGAUUUUCACAGUGAGAAGCGCCUCUAGCGGCUGUCAAUGAGACAGCCACUAGAGGCUGAAUAAACCCUAUUGUAAACAUAUCAGUUUCUCUGAAACUGCAGGGUUAACCCUAGUUGAACCUAGCACCCAGACCACUUCAUUGAGCUGGAGUGGUCUGGGUGCCUAUAGUGGUCCUUUAACAACCCGUACUUUUUCUGCAAGUGCUCAAAGGAUUUUAUGUGGUGGUGGUGAUCUAGUAGAUAUUUAAUCUGGUGUAUUCCUGAUUUCUCUCAAUUGUCUAUCUUUAAGUCACUUUUAUAUUAUGCUUUAUAAGUGCAAAUGGGGAGCCUAGCAAUGAUUUUAUUAGUUAAUUCCAGUCUCUGGAAUUUCUAAAUGGACUAAUCUAAAAAGUAUAGUCAUUGAGGCAAAACAUAUGAUUUUAUAGGAUUAAUUCUCCUCCACCAAAAGAUUUUUAAGUUCUUUCUUUCAGUUGUUUGUUUGCUUAAGUAGAGUCAAAAAAUGUAUCUCGAGGGGCGGAGCCAGCAGCGCAACGGAGCAGUCGCAUCUUUGUGGGCUCCGACUCAAACUUACCUAAACAGAACCCUAUAUGGUAGAACCCGAACACAACACUACCUAUAAACUUGACUACUGACGUAAGGUAGAAAAUGGGCAGAAAAUCAAAAAAAGCAAAGGCUGAAAAAAGCCCUCCCAGAAGGGACAUUGGGAAAUGCUGCAGAAUACGCAACAGGCUGCAUGGUCCAAGAUGGAGCUGGAGGAAGACCUUGGCUCGUAGACCUCGACUUUGAUACAGACCUUUAUGGAGGGAGCGUCCCUCGGGCCUAUAUCAAAACGUAGCACUGCGCCUAAAACAGCCGGAGACCAUGUCACUGUGAGCCAACUCAAGGAAAUGCUGUCUGACUUACGCAAAGAGCUGGCAGCAGAUAUGGCCUACUACAAAGUGGCCAUAGAAGGGGCCCAAUCGAAAAUCACUCAACUAGAGGCCUGCACGAGCGCCCAGGACUCCGGAUUAACUACGGUAGAACAACAAGUAGCAGACCUAGCAAACCACAGCAAAUCGCUUGGAUGCACUGGAGGACCACAGGAGGCGUUACAAUCUAAAAGUCAGAGGGAUACCUGACUCGGUGGGCCUCCCUGAUCUGCCGCACUACAUCCGGCGCCUCCUGGGUGCCCUACUCCCUGCAAAACAGGCAAAAUCCCUGAGGCUCAACGGGAUGUUCCGACUGCCAAAGCCGACCCGAGCACCAGCAACCGCAUCCGCAGAUCAUAGUAAGAUUUCAGACCCUAUCGGACAAGGCAGCACUCCUAACAGUGCUAAAGGGCAAACUCCCUUAUCGUUUGAGGAAACCACUCUAUUGAUUUUCCCGGACAUCACCAAGAGUACACUUACUUGGCGGAAAUCACUGCAGCCGCUGCUACAACUCCUCCGUGCCAAGGAGAUGCCCUAUCGAUGGGGAACCCUGCGAGCUGUAUCGUUCACCCACAACGGGACCUCCCAUAAAGCACAGAGCUACCAAGACCUGGAAUCGCUCCUGACAUCUGCGGGCAUACUCCAAGCUGCACCCAUGAAAAGAACGGGACUGAACAGGCUAAACCCAACCAACAUACGGGAGUUCACCCCAAGGGAACCUCUGAGGUCCGCAACCGCCUGUCAACCGACUUGAGGAAUUUGAGACCACACACCCCAAGGGAACACUUCUAACCCACCACCAACGAUAAACAUGUUGCAAUUUUUUGUUGAGUUCUAUUUUAUGUUUUUGUUGACCGUUCCUGACACCUACCUGAGGUCGGCUUUAAUAUUUCUCCGGCAUCUUUUUCACUACCAAGAUAUAAAUGGUCAUGUCUUCCCUUUCACAAAUUCCACCUGCAGACAGUAGGACUCGUGACGCAUAGACGGACAACCAAACAGGCAGACACGACGAGCUCCCACAUAUGGUAGCCCUCACUAAAGUGACCACAGCCGGGCUCCCAUUGCUAUAGCCUAGCCAUACUCGAGCAACCAUACCAACCCCCUCGCCCCCCCUCCUGCCGGUUCCUAGAUAAGCUCUUUAAAAAGCAUACGCGCAAAGAGGGGGAAGAUCCCGUAUGUGAAUGAAAGCCACUUAGAACCCUACUCUAACAGCACACCCACAUAGGGUACUACUGACGACGAGCACCAAGUAUGUUUAAAAUAAUGUAACCUUAACCAAAAAUGUGCAAUGUUCUUAUGUGUCCAAUACUGUUUUAAAAUGUUACUAUUGCUGGCAAAAGCUGUUGUGGCGUUGCCUACUACCAUGUUUCACAUGAGCAAAAUAAAAUAAAGAAUUUAAAAAAAAAAUGUAUCUCCACCAUUUUAGACACUUGUGGACAGAUUUGUAUUCCAAAGCAGUUAAAAUAUAAAAUAAUAAAGAAUAUUUUUAUUAUUAGUUCGUAUUCUACUUCGUGGAGGAUGUUACUAAAAAUUGCCAUGGAUUUUUUUUGAAGUUUAUUUUAUAUCCCAAUAUGUUAAAAAAUUCUUCAAUUAAUUUUAUAUAGUUCUCUCUUAGACUGUACCGUAUUCUGUAGUGUCAGUAUUGCAUCAUUCGCAUACAUAAUUAAUUUUGAUUCUACAUCUUGGUACAACAAAGGGCAUAGUGGGCAGCCCUGUCUUGUUGCAUUGUGUAGUGAAAACCAUCCUGAGUUAACACCUACAAUUCUGGCUGUUGGGCAUGAGCAGAGAUUCAUAACUGCCCUUAAGGACACAGCUUCAGAAGCUUGUCUUACGCUUAAGGACAAAGGCCUUUUUUGCAUUAUUUUGCUGUUUGUAUUCAAACGCAAUUUGCAUCUCUGUCAUUUAUUGCACCAACACAUAUUAUACAUCGUUUUUUAGAGGGCAAACAGGGCUUUAAUUUGAUGUCACAUAUACAUUCUCAUUAAUUGUAUAAAAAUGCCAAAAUAUUGGGGGGGAAAAUAAUUUAUUUUUUCACAGUUUUGGCAAUAAUAGCGUGUGCAUAAUAUGUCCAGCUUAGAAAAAGUAAUUCAAAAUAAAUUAAUUUAUGUGUCUUGAUUUAUAGAGUACAUCAUAUGUAUAGGAUUUCAGCUUAUUUUGAAAGCUACAGGUCACAAAAUACAAGAACUAAAAUAAAAUUUCAAUUUGCAACAAUUUUAGAAUUUGGUAUGUUUGUUGUUUAGUAGCCAUCACAGAAAACAAAAUUGUCACACAAAAGUAUAUAUUUAUAUAAAGUAGACAUCAAAGGCUAUUUAUCCAAGGUUAGUUUGACACUUUUUACGUAGCCAUUUCAUCGCCUAUCUCUGCUAAAUAUUGGAGUAAAAUUGUGUUUUUCUUUAUUUUGGCAUAUACACAUAUAACAAGGUUUUUGUAAUGUGUAUUUUGUAAAGCUGAUGUAGCUGAACCCUAUAUUGUGUUCAGCUACAUCUGCUGAGUAUAACGAUACCCCCAUUGUAUGCCUUUGGUACUUUUCUGUAAAGCUAUAAUGCCAUAUAAGAGACAAGGCUAUUUUAGUUUCUAUAGUUAGAAUUUUCGUAGAUGGAUUUGACAAGCCUAUGUCUCAUUUUAGGGUAUUCUAGCAAUGUGACUGUUCAAAUAACCCCACAAAGGGCUGUUAUUUGAUAAAGCAGACACCCCAGGGUAUCUUAUAUGGUGUAUAUUAUGUCCUUACUUGUCACCAUUUUUUUCACCAAUUUAUGUCAAUGUUUGAUGUGGGGGGGAGUUGCCAUUUUACCUAUAUGUUGCAUUUUUGCUGAGUAUUUCUUACACUUAAUAUGUACCACUGUCAUAAAUAUCCCCAAAUUAUACUCCGUUACACCUUCUGAGUAAAACAAUAUGCCCGAUGUAUGACCUAGACACUAUUUUGUGAAGUUACAGUGCUGUAAAAGAGACGUGACAAGUUCAUGUUUUUAAGUGUGAAUUUUCAUGGAGGGUUUUGAUGCGUCCGUGUCCCACUUUGGAGAACUUGAGCAGGCUACAUAUUACAACUACACCAUAAAGGCAUACCAUUUCUUAAAGAAGACAUCCCAGGGUAUUUCAAAAGGCAUAUUCUGAACCUUAGCGUGGGAUAAUUUUUCCGCUAGCUUGUACCAAGUGUAGUGGUAAUAAGCGAUUUUUUUUAUUUUUAUUUUUUUGCUUUUUGACACACAAAGUGAGUUUGCACAGUAUAUUUUGAAAAUCGUAUGUGUGCUACAACUGUAUAAUACUUCAUGUUUCUCAGCUAUGUCUUCUGAGCACAGCAAUACCCCCGUAUGUACCUUUGCCAGGUAUAUGUGGAUGUUAAAGGGGCAUAUUUGAGACGCAGCCAUUCAGUUUUUUUUCUAACUUUGAAGUUUUACGCUGUGUCCAUGUUCCAUUUUGGAGUAGUUUAGAUGGUUGGUUAUUGAAAAUUCCCCACAAACAUAUGCUAGUUAUUAAAGAAUACACAAUGGGUAAUUCAAAAGGCAUAUUUUGAACCUUAGUGUGGGAUGAUUUUUUUUCUCUAGUUUGUUCUAGGUGUAGUGGUAAUGAGCAUUUUUUUAUUUUUAUUUUUUUUUACUUUUUAAAACUAGUUUUUAAAACUUUAUUAUUAUUUUUUUGCUUAUUAAUUCUUUUUAAACUUUCCUAAACUUUCUUAAAACUUUUUUUACAGAUUUUACCAUUAACCCCUAACUAGCAGUAAGCAGCACUAAUGGUAAAUUCCCCAAUUUCCCAUAACUCCCACCCACCCCAGCUAGCAAAAUAUACAAUUUUAAAAUAUUUAAAUUAAUUAAAUAAAUUGAACCCCUGAGGGUUAAAAAAAACAGUUAACCCUAAGGGGUUUACCCCCUUAAGGACACAUGACAUGUGUGACAUGUCAUGAUUCCCUUUUAUUCCAGAAGUUUGGUCCUUAAGGGGUUAAAAAAAAAAUCUGAUCACCGUAUAAUACUGUGAUCUGUAUUUUGAUCACUGUAGGUGUUCAACUGGCAAGGAAGGGGUUCAUUUUAAUUUUUAAAAAAAUUUUUUUUUUAACAGGGAGAAGAUCAGCUCUGAUCAGUCUCCCUGCACUUCACACUGAACCCGGAAGCGCAGGGAGGCGGACCAGGAGUCCCUGCAGCACCUGUGCUCGCUCUGACAGCCUGUGCUCCCCUAAUACAGAGGCAGACGGGAGCAGCGUUAAUCGCGGUGAUCUGGGGUCAACUUUACCGAAUGACGGACCUGGUCCGUCAUUCUGCAUUAAGUUUCUCCGCCUUGAUGGACCAGGUCCAUCACUCGGCGGGAACAGGUAAAGAGGUUACCUUGGAGCCCCAUUGCUUUUUAACGAGCUUUCCAGGAAUUCCCACCCAUAUUUUCAUAGUAUCUUUACAUGGUUUAGUAAUGUCAUGUACUCUUGGAUCUACUAGUGUUCACCUCUGAAAGUAUGUACUAUUUUUAUUUCAUUCCUAUUAAUUAGUGCAUGGUAGGCAAUCGUUCUAUUGGACCCAACCUGCAACAUGAGCAGAUUUCAAUGUGUAGAAUUGGUUAACAUUUCUCUUGAAUGGAUGUAUGUAGAGGGCCUUAUGUUUUGUGAUAUUUCGUCAUAUGAUGGUGUAGCACUACCUGCACAAACACAUUUAUUCCUGGCAGCCAUUUUGUAGAAGGCUAUUGGUAAGUAUGUGUCUGUGUGUGUGUGUAUGUGUGUGUUUAUAUAUGUAUAUGUAUUAAGGCAAUUUUGCCUGGAUUUGUGGGAGGUGCUGGCUUGCUACCCCUAGCCUACUUAAGGCACUCCCCUUACCUUGCUCCUUACCGUUCGAGGUCAGCGUUGAAUGAGGAUCCACUUCCGGGUUCUCUCAGACGCCAUCUUGGUUUCUUACCCACGAGUUUCUCCGCGGCAAGCUGUGUCCAGGAAUCCUCUUGCAGGCCUUUUCCGUCCGUCCAGCUUCUUACCCGGGUCUUCAUCGUAGAUCGCGUCCCAGGGACUCCUAAAACGUAAGUUAGACCUACCUGUCACGCCAGGAUCGGUUCCCACGGCGCACGGUACAGCACGGGUCCUCACUUUAUGGUUUUCUCUGCACAGUCGCAUUACAUAGCCUUUCUCGAGGCUUCAUUUCGUACAAAUUGUUCGGCUAAAUUCAUGCGUAUUAGAGAAGCGAUCAGCUCGCACAACUGUUUUCCCUUGCUUCAUUGAAACGAUUAUCAUUUCGGUUGUUUUUUCCGUUUGGCACUUAUUCAUGUUAUAUUCAUGCACGAUUGCCGUUCGCAUUAAAGUGCAUACGUUUAAGCUAUUCAUGCCAAAGCCAUUUUCAUUGAUAUUUUUAAGGUAUCACUUAUUACAUUAAGGGCAUGCAACCAGCUAACAUUUCUGUAUGGAUCAUUGGAUUCCCACGCUUACAGGAGUUUUCAUAAAUUAUCCAUUUCAUUUCAAUUAACUCAGCCUACGUUACAGGCCUCAUUUCUUUGUUAUGACCAUGACACAUAAGGCUUUAAUUCCUUUUCAUGCAUACUCAGGUUGAAUCACACGUACUGAUCCAACCAAUCAUACGUUUCCUGCACAGUAAUAUACAUAUUACACCAUUAUUAUAUAACACAUAUGUUGUUUGUACAUAGGCCACGGCCUCCCUCAGAUGUCUUAUUUAAGCCAUGACAACAUUUCUGAGUAACUCAUAUCUAUUCCCAUGGUAUCAACAUUUUAUUUUCAAUCAUAUGCCAGCAAAACCAUAAAAACAUUGCUGCUACAGGCUAUAAGUCUGUUUUCUUUCCAACAAUCCACACUCAUCAUACUACUCUCUUUUACCCAUUUCAGGCUGUCAAGCUUAUAUAUAUAUUUGCUCCACAUGGUUUUUCCUGUGAAUUUGUCAUACUACCUGGUAUGUACACCUGCUCAUAUGGUAUUCUACCAUACAUUUCAUUUCCUACAUUUAUUGAUGGUAUUUCACACUGUACUAUCAUAAGCACCUAACACAAGUGUUAAGGCAAUUUUGCCUGGAUUUGUGGGAGGUGCUGGUUUGCUACCCCUAGCCUACUUAAGGCACUCCCCUUACUUUGCUCCUUACCAUUCGAGAUCAGCGUUGAAUGACCCUCCCACCACACCAUAUUUUAACAUUUCUUUCUAUUUUUCUUUCCCUGGGUAGGCCCUCUUCUUUCUCAGGCCUACCUCAUCAUUGGUUCCGGCACACCACAACCGACUUGGUCUUUUUAUUAUCCUACAUUUAUUGAUGGUAUUUCACACUGUACUAUCAUAAGCACCUAACACAAAUAUAUAUAUAUAUAUAUAUAUAUAUAUAUAUAUAUAUAUCAUGUUUUGUGUACCUGAAACUCACCAUGACCAUAUGGCAAGACAUGAAGUACCCAUAAAGUUUGAUUAAAGUGCCCAUAAGUCUCUGCAAACUGAGGGUUGCAGUUUGAAAACCACUCCACUCUGAAUAUUAAUUGGUUAUAAUCCGCUACGCCGCUGUAAAGAUUUCUGACUGAGUGCAGUUGUGUGUUGGCAGUUGUUGACAAGCAUCACAUUUCACAUCUUCAAGGAUAUAAUAAACUCAAUAGAAAAAAAAAUAAAAAAAUAAAUAUUAAAUUACACUAUAGAGCAAAUUCAAAUUUUAGGAGGUGAAGUCUUUAUUUCAGACAGGUCUUUCAGUGUUCUGUGAUAUGAUGCUUUGUAGUUGUAUUUUUAUUUUCUAUAGGUAUAUGCGUGUUUUACACCAUAUAUAUUUAAUUUGUCGCUCAAUUACCAGUAUAUGAUUUGUUUCCAUUAGGUGCAGUACUCUGCCUAUACUGCAGUGGGUGGUGUUGGAUCAGCAAUCAAACUGAUUUUUGCUGGAUUACUAUUUGUACUUCUCUCAAAAUUUAGCUGUGGAAGAAAGCUUAUGAUAAAAGUAAGUGUUUGUAUAGUUUGCUAGUUAAUCAUGGUAACAAAGCAAUUUUAACAAAGCAAGCCCUUAAACGUUGUGUACAUUUUUCUACCUAUUUUUCUUUUUCUGCAGUACCCCAAAUUCUUUUCAUUUGGCUACGUCUCAUCGGAGGGACCAACACAGCAGCAGGUAAUUUUAGAAACAUUUAAGGACUCAAUUGGUGCUCUGGGCACAAAGCACAAUAGCGUGAACUCCUAUGUUAGACUGCCACAUUUUUAUAAUGAGAAAUCUGUGAAAAUCAGGCUAGAUAAAAAGGUUAUAUCGUGCUUAACCCCUUAAGGACCAAAAUUUCUGGAAUAAAAGGGAAUCAUGACAUGUCACACAUGUCAUGUGUCCUUAAGGGGUUAAUGAACUUAAAUUGGUAAAUUCCACCGUAACCAAGCCAUAUUAGUGCCAAACAAUCCACUUUGCCCCCAGAAUAUAUCAGAUCAGGAUAUUGCUCGGAGCAUACCCCAGACAUUAAAUUACCUUCAAUGUGUGCAUACUAUGUUAACUAUGUUAACACAUCUAAAGAGAAUUAUGAGUGGAUAACGCAUCAUGUUAAAGAACAGGUUAGACCUAUUAGCAGUGGUGUAUCCUGGUUUUGUGCUGCCCUAGGCAGGACAAAACUCAGGCGCCCCCCCAACCGCCCCUGCGCGCGCGACCCCCACCCAUCCCUUCCCCCCCCGCACGCAUGACCCCUCCCAUCCCUUCCCCCCGCCUUCUAAAUACACACACACUCACUAGCAGAGACUCACUAGCAGAGACACACUCACUCACACACUAACAGACACACUCACUAACAGACACACUCACUAACAGACACACUCACUAACAGACACACACACACACACUCACUAACAGACACACACAAUAACACACACUCACUAACAGACACACACACACACUCACUAACAGACACACACACACACUCACUAACAGACACACACACACUAACAGACACACACAAUAACACACACUCACAGACACACACAAUAACACACACUCACAGACACACACAAUAACACACACUCACUAACAGACACACUCACUCACAUUAACACAUGUACUUUUUAAACCUUCCCCCCUCCCCCCCUCCAGCCUCCUUACCUUUGGGAGUGCUGGGGAGGGAAGGGGUUCUCUAUCUCCCUGGUGGUCCAGUGGCUGCUGGGUGGGGGGCAUUGGCGGGCGGGUGGCUGACGAGGGAGCUGAGCAGUCAGCUCACAGGAAAAGCUCCCUCGUCAGCCGCCCGGCACCCAGCAUGUCUGUUAGCCGCGAGGCUAACAUGACAUUUGCCUUGGGCAUUUGGGGGGCGGCUUUUUUUGCCGCCCCAUAAAAAUGCCGCCCAAGGCAAAUGCCUUGUUUGCCUCGCGGCUAAAACGCCCCUGCCUAUUAGACAUGGCGUUUUAAACAGGUUAACUGUUAAAAGGAUCAUGGUGGAUAAGCCACCAAGACCCAGCAUACUCUAUCACCAUCGCUUCAUAUAUAUUGCUUAGCAGAUUAAAUUAAACUAUAAGGCAGAAAUAAUAAAAUAACAGAACUGCGAGUGUUAGCAUAUAUGGGUUAAAACGGUGACUGAUAGCUGCAAUGAAGCUUUCUUGGUGAUAGCUGGCAAAACGCUUGAUGUCUCAGCCAUGCUCGUCCAUGCUUGAUGUCUCAGCCGUUUGCUGCAGGCCACAAAAGUCGCUCGGAUGGAGCCAGCAGUUUAGUCUGCAUUCUUGAUGUUGGGAUGGAGAUCACACUGUUCCCUAUCACCUAGCAGCUAAUAUGAGAUCAGUAGUCGUUUCUUAUUCAUAGAUAAUCGGCAAGAUUUACCACCAGAUGUAGGAGCUGCAGUGACAUGCAUCUGCUCUGCUCCGUGGUCAGGCCCUGUUCCCACAUUUAAUGGAAAAUUUAAAGUCACCAAAACAACUUUAGCUUAAUGAAACAGUUUUGGUGUAUAGAUCAUGCAACUGCAGUCUCACUGCUCAAUUAUCUGCCAUUUAAGAGUUAAAUCACUUUUUUUUUUUUUUUUUUUAAAUGCAGCCUUAAUGUGACUUACACAGGUUUCUUAAACACUUCCCAUAAACCGUCCUCUAACGUUUAAAUAAAAUCUGCUUCAUUAAGUGAAAGUUGUUUUGGUGACUAUAGUGUCCCUUUAAAAUAAAGAAUAAAACUAGCUUCAGUGGCACUCAUUCUAUGAUUUGAUUGUAUAUGUAUAUAAAUAAAGUGUGCAAAUUCAUUAACAUGUAAAUUUAUAAACCUUUAUUGACCAAAUCCAUUUGCUUCGUUUGACAGAUGGACGAAUCUUCUUUUGACAUGACAUUCUUUGGUGAGGGUUAUAGUAAGGGUAAAGACCCACAGCAAGGGAAGCCAGAUUUGAAAAUCUGCACUCAGGUUUCAGGACCAGGUAAGCUGAGCUUUCUACUGGAAACCCUUAAUUUAUACAUAUAUAUUUAAAGACCUAGGCUUUAGCCAAAGGACAAAUUGUACAGCUUAUUUUACAUAUAUAUGCUCCUACUACAACCUUGUCUAAACCUAAACCCAAAUACAUUUGAUGAAUCAAAUUACAAAGCUUGAGACCGAUAAUCACUCUAAAUUCUAUCUAUCUAAUGAUCUAUCUAAAUCUCCUGCUGUUUUAACCCUGCAGCACUAGCCCUAAACACACAGUUUUAAACCUGCACUCACAGCAAUACCCUACAACUGUGCUGUAUAAGUCAAUCCAAAUAUGGUAUAGAAAAAUGAGUGUCACAAAUCAAAAAUUGGAAAGUGUUGUUUAUCUCUCAGAAUUACAGGGACCUUGGGGGAACAAUGAAAGGGUGCUACAAUUAAGCCUGUGGCAUUUCAGGACGUCACUUGUGGCUCUGUCCUGAGUAAGCCCCACUAGCUCCAAUAUUAAAGUUAAACUAAUGAUGCUUUGAGUCAUCAUGUCACUUUGGUUGUUAUAUACCCUUCUCUGGCAUGCAAUGUUCUACUGAAGUAAAAGAGCAAAACAGUCAUAUAUUAUUUUUAGAAUGUAUUUCUUUACAUUGUAAUUGCAGAGGUUGCCUAUGUGAGUACUCCCAUUGCAAUGGUGCAGGCCGCAGUGACCAUUUUAAAGGAACCAGGUUCCCUCCCAGAAGGGUAGGUAUAGCAUCAUGGACAUUCUUCAUUCUAUUUGACACCACUGCAUAUAUUUCACAUGGGGGAAAAAAAGAUAUACAGCAUAUAUUAGACUACCCAAGGAAGAAAAAAAUAAACAAAUAUGCAACUGUAGGUUAUGUUGUUCUAUGUGUUUUCUGAUUGUGGUCCGAAAACUUCCAAUUUUUUUUUAUUUAUUUUUAUUUAUAUAUUUAUUUGUAUUUUCUACAUAUACUAGGGUCAGUCCUGCUUGACUUACAUUGUGUCACUAAAGGGUUAAAUUGUGUUUUUCAAAUUUUGUUCAUAAGCAUCUUCAUUUAGAGCAGGGGUGUCUAACUCACAGCAGUGAGGAGGCAGGGAGCACUUUACAUACUGUGCUCCUCCACAAAAGCUCCCUUGUGUGGCCUGCAGUGAGCAGGCCCCUACGAUAUGACGUCAUCCCCACACAGGCAUCACUGCUGGGUGCGCGAGGGACCUGUGCACCGGCAUCACUGCUGGGUGCGCGAGGGACCUGUGCAGGAAGAGCACAGAUAUAGAUCCCAGGCCAGCAGCAACUGUUAGUCACCAGGGAUAAAGGAUCCUUUCAAGCCAUCCCAGAGCAAGGUUAGGGAGGUUGGGUGGACCUCUUAAGUACUCAGUGUAUAAAUGUAAUUUUUCCUGACAUAUGGUGGCAGUACAAUAGGGAUGUACUCUUCCCUCGGGACAAGCAUCUGAAAUAAAUAAUUAACAUAAAAAGUUCCUCCCUUUACCAGGUGUAAGUUGGUGAUUGUGUGUGUGUGUGUGUGCGUGCGCUCAAUGCAGCAAAAAGUUGGAUACCUAUGUUUAAGAGCAGUGGUUUUGAUUUAGGGAUUACCCUGUUGUGUCACAAUUUUUUUUUAAAAAUAAAAAAAAUUCUCUCUAAAACCACGUUAAACACAACUGGGUAAUCCCUAAAUCCUGGACUGUUAGGUGAUUUUUGAGGACUGGGUUGGGAACCACUGAUUUAGAGCAUUGAUAAGUUAAAUACAUUGGCUGACCAUUCCCCACUUACAAAUCUAUGUUAUUUAAUUAUGAAUACAUAUAUAGUUUUACUUCAGCUUUUUCUGUGUUCUGUUUGUUAUAAUUGUAGCUUUAUGGUUAAAUGCAUAAGAUGACUUUCGUGCUUUGACUGCAGACAAAGAUGGUUUGUUUUUCCAAGCAGAUUUUACUGAUACAACUAAGACCCAAAUUCACCUUCCCUGCUACAUAACCAGCCUAAAUUUGCCCAGCUGCCAUGAGAUACAGAUUACAUGGUGGUAGUGCACCGUACUUUAAAGAUGUAUAGCAGAAUAUUAGAAUACAUUGAUGAAUGCUAAUUCAGACUCAAUUAUUUUUCUUUCCUUUUCCCAUAUUGAGUCCCAGUAUCAUAAUUCUUAUUAUAUGAUGUAAAGAGUGUAAAAAGCAAUAAGAGUAUUGUGUGCAGCUAGAUAAUGCACACAGCUCUCCAUGAAAUAGCAUCAUAGCGAUUGCCACAUGUGGGCUGUUCUCAAUGAACAGUUGAUUGGACACAGGGCAUCAAUCUUGAUAAUCUCACCAAGGAAGGAUUGGACUGCAGUGUGGAGUCUGUUGUGGUGCUGGAUUACAGGUAAAUGUAAUCGCUUUAUUUUUAUUUUUUAUUUUUUUUAAUUUAAAGAAAGUUAUGGGGGACCAGUAAACUAAAGAAGUAAAGAAACAUCUAAUUUAAAUAUUAUGUUUGUUUAAUGAAAGUUACUGUUCUGGCGUCUGAUUUCCAUUAUUUCUGCCCUUUGUCCUAAAAGGCAGAAACCCUAAUACUAACAUAAACAAUCCACCAGUACAAUAGAUAUGUAAAGCUGAAGCAUGUAUUGUGAGGAAAAAUUACAUCUAUGGGUUCAAGAGGCAUCCAUGAACCACUCAACAUUUGGUCUCAAUGUUUCUCUAGAACCUCUCCGGUAUCCCAUAAUACACACUUCACCAUUAUAUAUCGUUUAUAUUCCUGAUAUCCUAAUUAUUUUUGUAUACAUAUAUAUGUGUUUUAUUUUAUUCUGCUCUGUUUUUGCAGGGGGGGUGUAUUCACACCAGGAGCAGCAUUCUCGAAGACCAAGCUUAUUGAACGCCUUAACAAAGCUGGUCUGCACUUUAAAGUAAUCAGCACUUUGGGUCCCUGAAUGCUGUGAAGCUGAUGCGCUGCAUGGGGGGAACUAAUGGCUCACGGAAGAGAUCUUUAAAGGCAUUUAAUUGUUUAAAUUUUUUAAGUACAAAUAGACUAAUUAAAUAACUGCAUUAAUAAAAUUUUAUAUUCUAACUGCAAAAUAAAA